AUGAAAUUGUGAUUGGAAAAUAUCAGCCUCUUUUUAUAGAAUAUUAAGUAUUCAGGUAAAUUGCCUGUUACUAAAAUGAAAAUUAUUAGGCAAUAGCACUUUAAAUUCAAUUGAAAAUAUUAAAAGUGGCAUUGAAUAAAUAAAUUAAAGUCUUCAAAUUAAAUGAUUUAGCAUUUACUUAAUAAUAGGUAUUGAAUAAUCAUUCAAGGAAUGUGAGUAUAUUAUUAUUUUUUUAAAGUGUUAAUUCAUUUAUAUCUGGAUCUUUAGAUAAAUCAUUAAAUAUUUGGACUUGGGAUGAGAUCGGCUAAAUAUAUCAGUGCAACUAAAUUAUUAAUAACAGUGUUGAGUAGAAAUUUAUAUUAAUAAAUAAAUAGGAAAACUUAAUAAUAUCAGGUGGAAAAAACUAAAUUUCCUUUUGGAUGUCUUAAAGUUCAAAAUGGUUGCUAUAAUAAAAAUUGGGCUUUGAUAAAAUUUAAAUUUUUGGAUUAAAUUUUAGUCUUAACUAAUAAUUAAUAGCUACAUAUACAUCUAACCAUAAAAUAGUUUUAAUUAAAAAGCAAAACAAUAAAACAUAAAAUUAUUGGUUUAUUUCAUUAUAAAUAAAUGUCAACGACUUUACACCAUCAUUCUGUUUUAUUUCAGAUUUCAUUAUCCUUUAUUAAUCAAUUAAAGAUGCAUCAUUAAGAUUAAUUAAAAUCAAUUAAGAUAGUGAUUAAAUUCAAUAUUAAACCAAAAUAUUAAUUAAUAAGGUUUGUGAUGAAUAAACUACUUUUCCAAUGUAGUUCAAUUAAUAAAAAAAAAUUAGUAAUGAAUUAAACUGGUUCAUUUCUUAAUUUAAUUUUAAUAAUUUAAGGAAGUUAAAUUUUAUAUCAUAAAGAAAUUCCUUUUAAAAGUAAUAAUCUUUUAGGUUAACUGAGUGCUGA